GUACGUGGAAGGCUCAUCGGCCCAAGGAAUCUUUGCGAGCGAGUCAGCAACGGUCGAUCUACUGAACCGGCGCCGGGUCAAACUAAAAGGCCUAGUGCUCGGCUGCACAUCCGUAGCCGUCGGAUCAAGCUUCGUCUCAUCCGACGGCGUUCUGGCCCUCGGCUACGGUCCCAACACCUUCGUCUCCCGCGCCACCGCUAAGUUCGGCAACCUCUUCUCCUACUGCCUCGUCGACCACCUCAGCCCUCCCAACGCCACCGGCCAUCUCACCUUCGGCCAGACCGCCGACCUCCUCCCUCACUCCUCCUCCUCCUCCUCCGCCCGCCUCCUCCUCGACCCCAAGCUCCAGCCUUUCUACUACAUUUCCGUCGCCGGAAUCUCCGUCGCCGGCGAACUACUCCCUAUUCCGGCCACUGUUUGGAACGAAUCUGCCGGCGGCGGCGCCAUUCUUGAUUCCGGCACGACUCUUACUGUUCUCGCCGAACCGGCUUACAAAAUUGUUGUUUCCGCCAUUAGCAGCCGGCUUGUUGAGGUGCCGCGCGUUCAGGUUGAUCCGUUUGAGUAUUGCUAUAACUGGACGACGGAGGCGGCGGCGGCCGUGCCGGAGUUCACAGUUCAUUUCACGGGGGCGGGGUAUCUGUCGCCGCCGGAGAAGAGUUAUUUGAUCGAUGUGUCGGAGGGUGUUAAGUGUAUUGGGUUCAGUUCGGCGCCAUGGCCGGCGGCUUCGACCAUUGGGAAUAUACUGCAGCAGGAGCACGUGUGGGAGUUUGAUUUGAAGAAUCAACGGCUCAGAUUUCAACGGUCGAAUUGCACCAAAGGGUCUGUUUAUCGUUGAUUUGUUGAAUGAAUUGGAUGGAUUCUUUGCGUUGGAAAUUAUAUUGCUGAAUUUUUUUUGGGGCUUUUACAUGGA